ACUGGUCGCUCAAACGGUGACGUACUUCAGUAGGAAAUGGCCAAGUGUUUUGUGAGAUUUGUGUAAACACUAUUGAUGCGCGCUCGGCAUUCACCGAGGAAGGGAAGCACCGGAACGCACGCGAGCUUCUCCGCCGAACGAGCAGCAUCUCGACCGCGAGCUUUUCUUCCUUUUAUUUCUCCCGAACGCCGAGAAUGUCCGCAUCGGCCGACAUCCACGCGCAGCUGGCCUCGAUCCUCGAGCGCUUCGCCAAGUGCGCGCUGCUGGAGAUGAGCCGCGCGGUGGAGACGGAGAUGACGCGGCGGCAGAUGGAGGUCGAGACGCUGCUGGUCAAGCUCCAGUUCACCGAGAGCGAGCUGCGGUCGGCCCGGCAGAACCAGGCGAGCCUGCGCUCCGUGGGAACGCAAGCCAGCGGCGGCGCGCAGAGAGAGGUGAACCUCAGCCUGGUGAAGUUCAAUGAAAACCACGACGGAGAGAUGCAGACAGAGACGUACACCGACGAGUGCUCGGCGCAGACCUUUGCACUAAAUGAAGAUGGGAUCAAGUCCAUUCAGAUCAAAGAGGAGCACAUGGAGGACGGACAGUGGGACAGCGGACCGAUAUCUCCUGCUUUUUGCCCGCUGGGUCCAGAACUGGAAGACCAGGACAGUUUCAGUGCGGGAACAACGGGACCAGCUAGAGACGCAGGCGGCGAUUUCAUCCUGAACAGUAAAAUGAAACCCGGAGGACUGUGGGGUUCCCCCGUUUCUGAGGAGUACCCCCUGCCCCCCGAAGCCCAGAGCCUGGACGCGUCUCCUCCGGAGUCGGGCGAGCGGUACGAGCGGCACCGGGCCGACCCGAGCGCGCAGCACCCUGCGGGCGAGACGUCCCUGCGAGCCAACCCGGCGGCGGAGAGGAGCUCCCGCUGCCCUCAGUGCGGGAAGACCUUCACCACACGCUUCUACCUGAAGAUCCACCAGCGCAUACACACCGGAGAGAGACCCUACACCUGUCCUCAGUGCGGGAAAGGCUUCUACUGUAACUCGCACCUGAUCUCACACCAGCGCUCGCACACCGGAGAGAAACCCUACAGCUGCGAGGAGUGCGGCAAAUCCUACUCGCACCUGAACUCGCUCAAACUCCACCAGCGCAGCCACACCGAGGAGGAAGCGUACGUCUACUGGUGACCCCGGACGGAGACGCUCUACGACUGCAUCGCUUUAGGGUCGGUGUACUGCCUUUUCUGAGUAGCUGUUAGACGGAUUACUUUUCUAAUAUUUUUUUAUCUAUUUGUUACACGUUGACUGACGCAUAAAAUGUAUUUCAUUUAUAUAUAAAUCAGUGCUGUCAAAAGAUUGCUUUUGUUUAUGUAAUAUGUGUGUACCGUGUAUG